CCUAACCCUAAAAUUUCCACUCAAAUUUUUCUUAGUCAAGUAGACAAAUAUUUAUUCCUCAUCAAACACAAUUUUUCCGGUUGGUGCAACAUGGGUUACAUGUCCCAAAUAGUACACUAACCUGUGUCCUAUAAUAAGGUGGAGGGUACAAUUGAAGUCGUGUAAGUGAGAUAGAAGUAAGUACUUCAGUUACACCUUCGUCACUUUUUUUGCACUUCAAAUUAGGGUUUUCGAUUCUCUUCAAUUUCAUCGAUCCAAAUUCCACACUCUCCUACGAUCCGCGCCAUAAUAAUGGGAAGCAAAGGUCGCAUGCCACCGCCACAGCAUCUACGGCGGCCUCAUCCACCAGGUCCCGCCAUGCUUCACCAUGAACAAGUGGGUCCCCCAAUGCACCACCCAUUACCACCUGGUCCUUUUGAUCUUAUGCCACCGCCACAGGUGAUGGAACAGAAACUCGCGUCGCAGCACGGUGAAAUGCAACGGUUGGCCACUGAGAAUCAGAGGCUGGCUGCCACUCAUGGUGUUUUGAGGCAGGAGCUUGCAGGGGCACAACAUGAGCUGCAGAUGCUUCAUGCGCAUGUUGGGUCUCUUAAGGCGGAGAGAGAGCAGCAGAUGCGUGCUGUGGUUGAUAAGAUUGCGAAGAUGGAGGUGGAGUUGAAGGCUGCGGAACCGUUGAAGAUGGAGCUGCAGCAGGCGCGUGGGGAGGCGCAGAAUUUGGUUGUUGUGAGAGAGGAGCUUAUGGCGAAAGCUCAACAUUUGAGUCAAGAGAUUCAGAGGGUUCAUCCUGAUGUGCAGCAGAUUCCUGCUCUCAUAUCAGAGCUUGAGCGUCUCAGAAAGGAAUAUCAGCAUUGCAGGGCCACUUAUGACUAUGAAAAGAAAUUAUACAAUGACCACCUUGAGUCACUUCAGGUGAUGGAAAAGAACUAUGUUUCUAUGAGUAGGGAAGUGGAGAAACUUCGAGCAGAGCUUACAAACACGGCUAAUGUUGAUCAAAGAAGUAGUGGGCCAUAUGGUGGCACCUCUGGAACUAAUGAUAAUGCGGCUUCUGGUCUUCAAUUGGGACAAAAUGCAUAUGAAGAUGGUUAUGCUGUUGCACAGGGACGCGGUUCUCUCCCUGCUGCCAGUAGUGGUGGUGGCAAUGCUACUACAGCUAAUCCUGCUGGAGCUCAACCUGCUCCAGCUUCUGCAGGGACUGGUUACGAGGCUCCCAGAGUAGGGCCUGGUUACAUUCCAUCUGCAGGGCCAACUUACGGAACUCAGAGUGGAUCUACUUACGACCCACAGGCGUUGACUGGUUACAAUGCAUUUAGAGGAUCUGCUUACGAUGCAACGAGAGGACAAGUCUUUGAUGCUCAGAGAACUGGCUAUGAUCCACAGAGAGGUUCGGGUUAUGAAGUGCAAAGAGGACCUGCUUAUGAUCCAUCAAGAGCAGCAGCUGGCUAUGAUGCUCAAUCAAGGGGUGUUGCUGGUCCACAGGGACAAGUUCCUCCUGUAAACAACAUGCCUUAUGGGUCCGCAACACCACCUGCUCGUAAUGUAGGUGGUGGUGGAUACGAUGCUGCUCGAGGUGUAAACCCUGCUAGGAGAUGAGUUUGAGUCUUCGAGAUGCCAUGCCAUGGCAUGCCAAUCAUAUUAUAUUUAUGGUACUCAAGUCAGAUAUAAUCUGAAUGUGGAACUUCUGUCUAGUGCUUCUGAAUGCAUGGCAUCUCGAAGACUCAACUCCGGAAGUCACAUAAAGUGAAUCCCAUGAAAGUAGUCGCCAUUGAGAAGGAAAAAAAAAACAGCAUCAGCCAUUGAGAAAUACAUUCUUAGAGCAUAUGAUUGCCUUAGAAUAGAUGGUUAACAGUAUCAGCCAACAUCUAUAUUUUUUCUGUGAAGCAAUCAACACCUAUCUAUUUCUUGUAAAUUUUAAUUUUGUGAUUUUGGCAGGCUACAACUCCUAUAUUAAAAGAAUCUGAUUGAUCUUAUGCAAGUCAAGUAACUUUACCUUCCAACUAGACUGUUAUAAGACUUGGAUCCAGAUUAUCAGUUGUUGUAUGAACGAGCUCACAAUUAUUUGUUGAGUUUCUUAAGAAUUUUUCUUUCAUAAAAA